UUAUGAUUAGCUAAUCAGUGUAAAUUAGAUUUUUUUAACCAUUCUAUACAAAAAUCAAUUGCAGCAACUGCAUUAAAAAUAGAAUAAUUAUUUUUCCAUUACUUUCAAAAAAGCGACACUCAUUUCAUUGUGUGCCGUUGUAUGUAAAAGGCGACAUUCCCUUUACUGUUAACUUGUUUUUAGUUUUAAAGUUAUGGCACUCAUUUUGAAAAAAAUUUACAAAUCAUAUUUUUUUUUAACGGUUGAUUCAGUAGAUCAUGACUAUGUCGAAAAUUGGACUCAUUCGCCGCUUUUCGUAGUCAGCUUUAUAGCGGGCUAUCUAUUUAUUGUAAAAAAAUUAGGGCCAAAAUUUAUGGAAAACAGAAAACCUUACAACAUUAGAAAACUUCUAAUAGUUUAUAACGUAAUACAAAUUUUGAUUAAUUUAAAACUGACGUAUGAGGCUUUUCUUACAAUACAAGCAUCUCCGUAUACACUAUGUGUGCAAAGUCCAUUGAGAGAUUUGGUUUAUUCAACCCGACAACAAUAUUUUGCAUUAAAAUUGUUGGACAGCAUGGAGACGGUAUUUUUUGUACUAAGAAAAAGUGAUCGGCAAGUAAGUUUCUUACACGUAUACCAUCAUGGCAUUAUGAUAUUCACCGGAUGGGUAGGUGCCAAAUAUGAUCUAGGAGAUACCAUUAUGUUGAUUGGUGUCCUAAAUUGUUUCAUACAUGUCAUUAUGUUCGUUUACUAUCUUCUCACAAGCAUCGAUUCUGCAUGGAAGAAGAGUGUAUUUCUUAAGAAAACACUUACUACACUUCAACUCAUCCAGUUCCUAUCAUUAAUUUUAAUCUACACAUUUGAAAGCAUAAUACCAGAUUGCAAGACAUUUCCUUCAGUUAUAGCGUUCUUAUUUAUUAUUCAAAACAUGUUCAUGUUUUGUCUAUUUAGCGAGUUUUACUACAAAACGUAUUGGAAGGAAGAUAAAAAUCGAAAAAUGAGUUGAAUAAAUAAUUAUAAAGGAUUGAAAUUUAAAAUAUUGUAUU